CUUCCUCUGACGUCAUGCCUGCCAGGAGCAACUCCAUUCUAGUCACUACUCUCUGCACGGAUUGCUUCUUCUGCUCCGGUGGAGCCGCCAAGGCGCGCUGUGGUUGGGCUUGACGUUCUAAUCUCCGGUACAUGACGGAGGAGCUUCACACGCUUCAACCAUGAUGGUGCUAAUGCACCAAGACAGCUUCCACGUCCUGGUGGGGCAGAGAUUCGCCUGUGUGGUGGGCAGCGACUGCCAGCUGGACGUCGAGCAGAUCGAGGACUGGCCAUGGAGAAACGGCAUCAUCCGCGCCGCGUCCCACAAAGAAUUCAGCUGCCCCAAUUUAAAGGUUUGCGUGGAGUUUGAAGAUGAGCCCUGGGAGAAGAGGACGUGGAUCGAGGUGUACAGCUCACAAGUCCAGAUGUUUCUGGUGGAGCACAACUUGGCAAUUGCUGACCGAAAAUGUCCCAGUAACCCUUCUGUGUCUGUGGUGUGCCCGGCAAUGCAAUAUAAAGUAUUGGCAAGCAAGAUAUCCAUAGAUCCCAUGACGUGCCUACAGUUUCUUGGAGACAGACACAAAGUUUUCAUGAAUCAGGAUGCCGUGAAGGUUUUAGGGGAUCGGGAGAGCUUGAAACAGUUUAUGCAGGGAAACCGAACAUUUAACAAGGUCUUUCAGGAGCUCAUAACAAAAAGUGUGGAUAAAAGUCGUGUACUGCAAGGUGCUAAGAACUUAGUUGGUUCAUCUGUAAGAGUGUAUAGUAUGAGUGAAGGCUAUCAGUGGUUUGACGCCUCAGUGGUGAAUUCAAGCAGCACUAACCGGAUGCUGGAGAUUAAAUGUAAACAGGUUCCCAGUCUAAAGAUUAUUGAUCCAGCACUGAUACACGUUCAGCUUGUACAUAACUAUGUCGAUAAUGUGGUCGUCAAGAAACCCCUGAAAAGGAAGAGUGAAGAAAGGACGGGGAAAACUAAGGCAAAGCAGAACAGAGUAGCGCAGGCAUCUGCUAAGGGAUCUGUUAAGAAGCCAAGCUUCAUUACCUACUCCAGAGAUGAUGGGAAGACAUUGGUCGUGGUUGACAACCCCAAGUCCUCAGGGAACACUCUUGUGAAUUUCAUGAAAACGUCACAGGAAAGUGAAAAAGUUUACCAAACAACUACACCUAGCCUGGCAUCCAAGCAGUCUGUACCGGAUGGGUUUGGAGAAGCAUUGCUAGGAUGUACCACCACUACGCCUUCCAGUCAAAACCAGACCUCUUGUGCAACUCCACCAGAAGCAAAUUCUCCUCCAAGCUUUUGUGCUGCAACACCUCCAGGGAAAUGUUCUCAAAACUGUGAAAGUGAAACAUCCUCCAUGCUGAACGGUGAUGGAAAAGGGGAGGAGCAAAACUUGUUUCUCAGCGCCGCGAUGUCGCAAGGAAAGGGUCUAGGAUUUGGCCUGACAGAUCAGUCCAGCCCUUUCGCAUCAGCCUUUUCAUCCUGGGCCAAUGGUGACAAUGGACAGAAAUCCGAAAACCUCUUUGCUGCCUUUACAAAACCCUCAACUGUGUUUCCUAAGGGCUUUGAGUUUUCUGUGGAACGAUUUCCUGAGAAGAACACCUUGACGGUGAAAGACUCUCCGCGGCAGGGAAGUUUUGAGCCAUGUAAGAACUUAACGCGGCCGACAAACAUCAUUUCUGUUCCAAAACCCAACAAAAUAGAAGUUGCUCCCCACAAGAGUCCCAUUAAAAAUGAUGGGGUCACAUAUCCCAGAUCUGUAUUGCUGGACUCACAGAAGCUAAAGAGGCUCCAAGCAAGUGGUGAUUGCUUUGUGCAGGACGGCUCUUGCAAUGACAUUGCUCCCCAUUUGCACAAGUGUCGAGAAUGCCGUCUGGACCGAUUUGGACGCAGCAAGGAACAGCGAGAUGCUGCCGUUUUCUGCCGCUUCUUUCACUUCCGGAGGUUAUUCUUCAAUAAGCAUGGAUUACUGCGGGAAGGUGGCUUCCUGACUCCUAAUAAGUACGACGCUGAAGCAAUAAACUUGUGGCUUCCUUUAGUGAACCGCGUUGUGGAUUUGGACCUUGACACCGCAAAGUACAUUCUGGCAAACAUAGGAGACCAGUUUUGUAAGCUUAUCAUGUCCGAAAAGGAAGUUAUGGCUUCUGUAGAUCCACAAAAACAAGUGGCCUGGAAACGUGCAGUACGUGGCGUGCGGGAAAUGUGUGAUGUCUGUGACACGACCAUCUUCAAUCUCCAUUGGGUUUGUCCUAAAUGUGGCUUUGGCGUGUGUGUAGACUGUCACCGAAUGAAAAAGAAGAGUAUGAGCAGCGGUAAUGAUGGAGCAGACGUAUUCUCUUGGCUGAAAUGCGUUAAAGGGCAGUUACAUGAGCCUGACAAUCUCAUGCCAACUCAGAUCGUCCCGGGAAAAGCUCUGUAUGAUGUCGGAGAUGUUGUCCACUCUGUAAGGGGGAAGUGGGGAAUAAAGUCAAAUUGUCUAUGUUCCAACAAACACCAAAAGCCUUUACCUAGACCGUUUGUGAAGGAAGAGCCAAAACAGACGUCUUCUAGCUCUGAAUCCACAAACGGAUCUCCGCAGCCGAGCAAUUUACCCGCACAGGAUCCAUUGACGGCUAAUGGCAAAACGCCUUCAUCUUCCCUCCCCGGGCCUUUGAGUUGGCUAACCAAUAUUCCUAACACAAACGUGAACAAGGAAAACAAAGAUAACCUCUUCACAUUCGCACUGAAAACGGAAAACAAAGCACUACCCUCUUUUGCUAGUUUCGGAAAGCCAGCUUCCACGUUGCAGCCAUUCAGUAGCUCAAUUCUUUCUCCUAUGAGCAGUAACAGUUCUGGAUUCUUAAGGAACCUCCUCAAUUCUUCAACUGUGAAGCCUGAGGGUGGUGGUGAGAAGAGCACACCUAAACUGCUCGAUGACAUAUUUGCAUCUUUGGUUCAAACCAAGCCUAUGACUGACCCAGUAAAGAGGCCACAAGGCCUUGCUGUUCAGCCCAGUCUGAUGGGAUUCAAUACGCCGCACUACUGGCUCUGUGACAAUAGGUUGCUUUGUCUGCAAGAUCCUACCAAUAAGAGCAACUGGAACGUCUUCCGUGAAUGUUGGAAACAAGGACAGCCUGUCAUGGUAUCUGGAGUGCACCAUAAAUUGAAUUCUGACCUGUGGAGACCCGAAUCCUUCAGGGAUGAGUUUGGGGAGCAAGAAGUUGACUUGGUGAACUGUAGGACGAACGAUAUCAUCACAUUAGCCACUGUUGGAGACUUCUGGGACGGCUUUGAACAUAUAUCAAGACGUCUUAAAAAUGAUGCUGGAGAACCAAUGGUGCUGAAAUUGAAGGACUGGCCUCCUGGUGAAGACUUCAGAGAUAUGAUGCUAUCGCGGUUUGAUGAUUUAAUGAACAAUAUUCCACUGCCCGAAUACACAAAGAGAGAAGGCAAGCUAAAUCUCGCCGCUCGGCUUCCUCCUUACUUCGUUCGUCCUGACUUGGGGCCUAAAAUGUACAAUGCUUAUGGUUUAAUUACUCCAGAGGAUCGGAAAUAUGGAACAACCAACCUCCACCUGGAUGUGUCUGAUGCGGCUAAUGUGAUGGUCUAUGUAGGAAUCCCAAAGGAUGGGGGUGAUCAGGAGCAAGAAGUGCUUAGGACCAUACAGGACGGAGAUGCAGACGAAUUGACCAUUAAGAGAUUUGUGGAGUUCCAGGAGAAGCCUGGAGCUUUGUGGCAUAUCUAUGCAGCAAAGGACACUGAGAAAAUUCGGCAGUUCUUGAAAAAGGUGGCAGAAGAACAAGGCCAAGAGAACCCUCCAGAUCAUGAUCCAAUUCAUGAUCAGAGUUGGUACCUGGAUAGUACGUUAAGGAAGAGGCUCCUCCAAGAACAUGGGGUUCAGGGAUGGGCCAUUGUACAAUUCUUGGGAGAUGCUGUCUUCAUUCCAGCCGGAGCCCCCCAUCAGGUUCACAACUUGUACAGCUGCAUAAAAGUUGCCGAGGACUUUGUUUCUCCGGAACACGUGAAGCACUGCUUCUGGCUGACUCAGGAAUUCCGCUAUCUCUCCCAUACGCACACAAACCACGAGGACAAGCUUCAGGUGAAGAAUGUGAUCUACCAUGCUGUGAAGGAUGCGGUGGCAGUACUGAAAGCAAAUGAAGCCAGCCUAGGGAAGGUUUAAAACUGAUGCAUGGACUUCUUGGAUAGACUUCUUCUGGCAGCUUUUUCCUCCCCUUCUACUCAAUCGCUAGCUCUUUGAACUUUUACCUCGUACAAGACUUGAACUUUUUAGGAGAUGUUUACAAUCCCUGGGAUCGAUCCAUUUGAUAAGUCCAGCACGACUUUGGACUUAC